CUUAGAUGGAUGCAAAGCCUGCACACUAAUUCCAGUCAUGUUGGUAUGUUCUGGAAUCAUGGAUUCUAUAGCCAGUAUCAUAAGUCUUGGAAUUAUAUUUAAGAACAAUAACAGGAAAUGUUUAUGCUGGAGAGAUGCUACUCGGGCGAUUCGUUCUCUAAUGCUGGUCGUCCAUGCAUAUGGAUUAGUGCUAGUGUAUGAAGUAAUGCACCCGGAAGAGACGGAUAAAAGUAGUGCAAAGUACUGCAACGCAUAUCUUUAUUGGCUGGGAUUUGUUUAUUUUCAUACAUUUGUAUUGACUUCAGUGGCAACGCUGGUUGCUAUGAUCAUAGUUCCAUUCUUUUAUUUAUUUAAGAAAAAUAAAUAUGUGUUUAAUCAAAACAUUGAUGUUGAAUAAAACUGAAUAAAAAA